UGUCCAACAAUUGCAAAACCCUUCGCCUAUUCUUUGCCCGCAAGGUCCGAUCUUUCUCAGACUCGGGGAAGAAGCUUUAGAAGAAGUAAAUGAGUGCUUUUAACGCUUUUAAAGCUAAUGUUCCAGUGGCGUGGAGCCCUAACCUGUACAUAACCCUAGUCAGGGGUAUUCCGGGUACCAGGAGACUCCACCGGCGCACGUUAGAGGCUUUACGACUCACGAAAUGCAACAGGACUGUCAUGCGGUGGAAUACGCCUACUGUCAGGGGAAUGAUCCAGCAGGUGAAAAGGUUGGUUGUUGUUGAGACGGAGGAAAUGUACAAUGCAAGGAAACAGAAAGAAGCGAGUCACCGAGCUCUGCGCCCUCCACUGGUCAUUAAUCAUCAACCAAUCCCUGCUCCAGAAUCUUCUGCAUAACUGCUACUUCCUGAAUUGUUGUCAAGCUAGAUCAUGUUUGUAAAUCCGGUUUUGAAGUACUGAAGUUUUUCAAAUUUGGCUGCAAAUGCGUGUAGUUAUGUUUUUAUUAUUUGUCUAAUCUACUCGUGUUUAUGUUGGAAAGGGGAGUGUACUUUCGAAAGCUGAUCCAAUUCAUUUACACCUUUUCAGUUAGAUUGUUGAUUAUAUUAACACUGACAAGAGGAUUGAAGA